AUGCUAACAUCCGGCUUUGCGCCUGGUGCCGAGCCAAUAGCACUACCGCCAGACGGAUUAGUCGAUCUUUACCAUUGUGCAGGAUGCAAUGACCCGACCAACGGGACCCGAGAUUGGAAGAGAAAGCAUUUAGAUUCUCGUAUUGAUUUUAAGGUGGCUUACGAAAGACACACUUGUCGGUUUCCAAAGUAUGUUACAAAUGACGAACAUGAAGUCUAUGAGGCUGAUGAGAAUAGAAUUCCAGCCCCGUUACCGGCAUCGGAUCCAAACGGUGACAAUAUUGUCUUUGAUAAUUAUGGCGAUUAUAAUGCGUAUGCUAAUAAUGCCCCUUCGGUCGCUGUCUCCUACGAUACGCAACAGUCCUUAUGCCCGCAAGCGAGUAGUAGCGCAUCUCAAGCUCAAAGUUACUAUCCAGCAACAACUAUUGGUAUUCAUCAGAGUGGUCAGUACUCCUCGACGACUGGCAGUGCGCCUCAAAACGAACAAUACUAUCCGGUAAGCAGUAGCGGUUCUCAAGGACGGGGAUAUACGAAUGAAACCCGGAAUAGUGGUAGCGGCCACCAUCAUCGCCGCGGUGAUGGUAGCAGCCGAAGGGGCUAA